GCUACUAAAAAACAAGGUCAUUGAUAUCAACGUCCCUUAUCUACCACCCCUACCUGCAAAUGCUUCACCUACUCCUCUUUCACACAUCUAACUGAUGAUUUUUUUUUUUUUCCUAAGCACAAAGACUCUCCCUUUCUACCUUUCUUUCCUUCAGCUUUGAACCUGUAACACUCAUUCUUUAACAGGGAGUACCCGUGUUGUCACGUUGCUCAGAGACCAAACCUCCUCUCAGCUUCUGUUUCUCUGUCUCAGCGACAAUGACACCGUUCGGAGCCUUGGCGGGGCUCUUCUUCUUGCUCUUAGCCUUGUACUGUGGCACAGACCCUUUGAGGCACAGUGCAAUCUCUGACUUUCCUGACUUCGAAUCGUACAGAGUGGACAUGCCACCUUGGUCCCAGGUUCCCACAGAGAAAGACACCCAAAAUUUGCUUCAGAAUUCGGAAAUUAAGUUUCUCAACCAAGUCCAAGGCCCUGAGAGUGUAGCCUUUGACCCUCUUGGCCGUGGACCCUAUGCUGGUGUCGCUGAUGGCCGGGUCGUCUUCUGGAAUGGCCAGUCCUGGAUUGAUUUCGCUUACACCUCGCCUAAUAGGUCAGAACUGUGUGACCCAAAACCAUCGCCUUUGAGUUACUUGAAGAAUGAGCACAUAUGUGGCAGGCCUUUGGGGCUCCGAUUUGACAAGAAAACAGGCGAUUUAUACAUUGCAGAUGCAUAUUUUGGGCUACUGAAGGUGGGACCAGAAGGUGGUUUGGCAACAUCACUAACAACUGAGGCAGAAGGGGUUCCAUUGGGGUUCACCAAUGAUCUAGACAUUGAUGAAGAAGGGAAUAUUUAUUUUACAGAUAGUAGCACCAAGUAUCAGAGGAGGAACUUCAUGCAGCUGGUUUUUUCUGCAGAGGAUACUGGGAGGGUACUGAAAUACAGUCCAACUACUAAAGAAACCACUGUCCUUGUUAGGAAUAUCCAAUUUCCAAAUGGUGUGUCUUUAAGCAAAGAUGGUUCCUUCUUUGUCUUUUGUGAAGGAGCUAUUGGCAGGUUACGCAAGUAUUGGUUGAAAGGCGAGAAAGCUGGGACUUCAGAGGUAUUAGCAAUCCUACCUGGAUUUCCUGACAAUGUCAGGACAAAUGAAAAGGGCGAGUUUUGGGUGGCAGUCCACUGUCGACGAAAUCUAUAUACUUAUCUUUGCGCAUUAUACCCACAAGUUAGGAAAUUUUUACUCAAGCUCCCAGUUCCUGCAAAAAUUCAGUUCCUGCUUCACAUUGGGGGCAAACCCCAUGGGGUUGUUGUCAAGUACAGUCCAGAGGGUAAGCUUUUACAGAUAUUGGAGGACAGUCAGGGGAAGGUAGUUAAGGCAAUAAGUGAAGUGGAAGAGAAGGAUGGGAAACUGUGGAUGGGCAGUGUUUUGAUGCCUUUCAUUGCAGUUUACAACUUGAAUUGAAGCAAAAAAAAAAAAAUCUGUAAUCCUGAUAAAGGGCUUUCAUUGCUCAUGCUGGGGGUAGCUCCUAUGGAACACUUCCCCCACUAAAAAAUGUUUUUUCCCUUAAUUUUCCACAUUUAAGAAUCCGAAAUGUUUUCAGUCCCAGGGCUAGAAUAUGAUGAUUUUACGAUCGUAUUCCAUGUUUCGAUAUGUAUCAAGUAUUUUGUUUUCACGGAC